AUACGUUAAUAGUCGGUGGAUGUGCUUAGGACCGAAAAGAAUAUUAUUUAUACUGAAGGCGCAAAAAAAUUACGCUUUUAAAUAUAAACAAAUUAUACUCAUUCCUACAACAGUUGAUUGAUACUGAUUACUAACGAAAUAUAAAUCUACACAACAAAUUGUUAACGAUAUAAUAAAUCUACAUACUUGGUGUUUUUAAUUAAUAAAGAGUUGAUGAAAGUACAUUGUAUAAAAUUGUUUUAUUGUAAAAAAAUUAUAAAUAAAUAUGUGUAAAAUAUCAAAGUAAUAAUAUUCAAAAAAAAAAAAAAAAAUAUGUAAACUAUAAACAAUUAAAUUUAAUUACCGUUAUACUCACAAAAAUUUUAUUUCUUCUACAUCUCGUCUUUCUUGUAAUUUGUUUCUGUUUUGUGCUAUCUUUGUUUUUAUCCAACAACCCCGGUAUUUAGAUACAAUUCGUGCUUUACUUUAAUACCGUAUACGCCAAAUGUCAGAAUAAAAUAUAAAAGAUAGAAGUUAAUAAACAAAACAAUAAAACAAAAUACCCAUAAAGAAAAAAUCAAAGUACUUAAAAAAGUAUAAAAAAUAUUUAAAUUUCUAAACACUGUUAUUUGUAUCAUUUUUCAUCAUGGAUGAUGAGUUUAAAUUAUGCUGGAAAAAUUUCCAGGACAACAUUGCCAGUGGUUUUCAAAGUCUUUAUGAUCGUGGAGAUUUAGUAGACGUAACGUUGGCAUGCGACGGAAAGUUACUGCAAGCUCACAAAAUCGUCUUGGCAAUAUGUAGUCCAUAUUUUCAAGAGAUUUUUAUUUCGAAUCCAUGUAAACAUCCCAUAAUUAUUUUGAAAGAUGUGUCGUAUAAUAUAAUGUGCGAACUCUUAGAAUUUAUGUAUCAAGGCGUUGUGAAUGUUAAACACACUGAAUUGCAAUCUUUUAUGAAAAUUGGGCAACUAUUACAAAUUAAGGGACUUGCCACAAAUUCCUCAUCAUCAGCAGCGUCAACGAGUUCAGAGAAGUCAUCGAACAAGAAUGAAAAUAAUGUUAUGAAUGAUGAAACUUCUUUCACAUCGAAACCAUUAUUGCCAUCCGCGAUCGAAACCGCAAGCACUGGAGAAAAUUCUAAUAUCGGGGGCGAAAAGCCAUCUGAUAGCCAUAGCCAUCCGAAUACACCACAAAGAUCACAAUCACCUCUGUUAUCACCAGCAGCAUCACCCUUGAACAACAGCUCUUUAAAUUCAGCCACAACAAAUCAAGCUAACAAAUCAACAGAAUCAAAUGUAUCACAGCAACAACCCUCAAGUCAUGGAAGCAGCAGUGCUUCUGGUCUUAAACGGCAUUCUGAAUAUAGUACUGAUUCUUUGUCGAUAUAUUCUCGCAAUAAACAUAGACGUUCUAUAACUUCUACAGAUCACAGUAGCGAAAAUACUGAUGGACCCGAUGGUGGCAGUGUUUCUGGUGGAAUGGAGCAAAUGAAUACAGAAGAUUUCUUUUUACCACACAUUUCUAUGGUGGAAUCACGGUAUGAAUUAAAUAACAUAAAACGCGAAAACUCAGACCAUCACCAAAACCCAGGUGUGUCAUCUGCAGCAGCUGUUGCGGCAGCUUCCGCUUCUCUGCGCAAUUCUUUUAAUUCCGCUGCAUUUGGGUUAGACUAUACUUUUUACAAGAACAACAACGUUUCUUCCCAAUCCGGUCAAGAAUAUCCAAAUGAUUUACAUAUGUCGAAUGAGUAUUCAAAGAGCUUUGCCAACCACAUGGAUAUACCACCAAUUGGGCCCGGGGAACAUUGGUUUCAGGGCAAAUUAGAAUUUAUGCUGAGUCAACGUGGUAAACCAUUGCUUGUACACGAUGGUCAUACGUUUGGCAUACAAUAUGUGCGCAAAGAUAAGAAAUAUUGGCAAUGCAACUUGUCUCGUAAGUUUAAUUGUAAAGCACGCGUUACCACCACUGAUACUGGAGAGAUUAUCGUUACAAAUAACGAACAUUGUCAUACAGAAAUUCGUCAACAUUUACGCAAGGACUAUCAACGCAACAAGGUAAUGAUGAAUGCCCUCAUCAAUCUCAGUACAAAUCGUUUAGCAGUAGAAAAUUUUCGGCGUCAUAAUAGCAUUGCCAACAACUUAAGUAAUCUACAAUCCAUAGUAGCUGCUGCAGCUUCAACACCAUUAGCCCUACAGUCACACAUUAAAGGAACGAGUUCUACCACAGCAAAUCUGCUAGAUUUGGGAAAACAACCAACAAUUAAUAUAGAUACUGAAAACCAUUUUAAACACACUCAAACGCAUCAUUUCGAACACCACAUCCCCGACUCCAUGAACAAGAUUGAAGACGACGACUCUCACGAUGAGCCUUUAGAUUGUGGUAUAAGGUCAUCAUCGUACCAGAGUGAACGGGACAGCGUAAACGUUUUAAACGAAAACAGUACCAAUACAAAUACACCUCAGCCAACUAUAUAUCAUGAGAAUAAAAAUGAGUGGCAAUGUAAAAAUGAAGACAUCUAAUAGGUUGUACAGGCAUGUGCGUAAUGUGUGUCAUCCAUCACUUUAACCUAAAACAGGAAAAAUCUAAAAUGAUAAAUAAUACGAAUUUUUAUGCUAUUAAAAAAGAUUAACGAAUCUUUAAUAAGUGUUAUAAAAUGAUAGCCAAACAAAUAAUAUUAUUUGUUUUUUUUUUCGUUCUUUUUAAUUUUCCGAGGUAAAAAAUUUUAAAGAAGAGAACGAGUUUUUAAUUUUUAAUGUAGAUUUACGUGUGAUGAUUUAUUGCACUAAAUUGUGUUAAAUAUGACAAAAUUAGUCUAAGUUAGUAGAAGCAAUGUGAUUAAAGAAGUAGAGUGACUUUGAUUGGAUUAUAUUCAACGAAAUCGACUAGUUAACGCAUAAACUAUGUAUUCUCAUGAUUGUAUACAUAUUAGUUGGAUAUAGAUAUCAAUAUCAAAUAUACCGAAAUACAUACAUAAUACAUUAUUUUAAAGUGAAAGUAUCUAAACAUUGCAAGAAUUAUUUAAUUAUUACUCCAUUUAGUAGAAAUAAUUAUGGAUGGGAUCUUAAUAUUGGAUGUGCAACGAAUAUCUAAAUAGAUUGUGUCCAAAAACUGGGCACGAGUAGUUUUAUUUUUAUUUACAUAAGGAAGACGCAUUUUGUGCUUUAUUUUAUUGUAAUAAAAUCAAGAAUAAUAAGUGAAUUUCUAUUAAAUUUAAUAUAUCGUCACCUGAAAGGCAAACAAACGGCCCUAACUUACCAAAAAUUCAAAAUCGAUUUUAUUGUUGAUUCUAAUGUAUUGAAUCAAAACAAAUUUGAAUCCACACACAUUGGACACGACCAAAAUUAGCAAUUUAAUUGACAACAAACAAAAGGUCCUAUCUGCAAAAACAUUUAAAUAAUAAAGGUAAAAAAAGUCUAAUUUAUCCAUUUCUAUAUAGUUUUCAUUAUUAAACAAUUUGUUUAUUUACUACAAAUAAAUCGCGUUGAUAGAAACAAACUUUUCAAUUUAAAUAGUUUUUUGCUUCUGUAAAAUUUUAAAAAUGUUUGAUAGGGCCGUUUGCGUUUUAGGUGACGAUAUGUAUAUUAAUAUAUAUUACUAUAUUAUAUUACCAACAAAUAUCUUAAUUUUUUGCUUUUAUAGCAAUUUUUGAAUUAAAUUCAAUUUCAUCAUAAUUUUUUAACACAGUCGAUUUUUAAAAUUUUCUUAAAAAACUAAAAUCAAGGAACAUAAACACAAUUAUUACAAAAUACUUAUAAAUUUGAAUUGCUUAGAAUAAAUAAAAAUAAGAUUCAAACAUUAAUUAGGAAUGAACUUUUUACCUUUGAAUAAAGCUAGCGUACAUAGUCUCGUAUAUCCACAAAUACUCUUUUAUGAUAAAAAUAUUUAAGUUGACCAAAGACAUUCCCAAAGAUAUACUGAUUUAUUUUAAGAUUAUUUUAAAUUUAUAACACUGCAAACUAUUUUAUUUACCAAAGAUUUUAAUUAAAAUCCAAAUUCUGAAUAUUUUUGGUUAAUUUAUAAUUUACUCCAAAAUAAACAGAUUUAAAAUAAUAAACUGGUGGUGAAAGAUUGAUGAUGAUGAAAACAGUCUGAACGAAAAAUCGGAUAGGUGCAUACAUGUUCAAAAGAAUGUGUGUCAAACUUUAACAUAUGUAUAUACAUACAUAUGCACAUAAUAAUUGUAGAUGACAAAAAUGAUUAUCUAUAAUACCCUUUAACCAUUGUUAUUUUAACAAUUUUUUAUUAUAUUGAAUAACUUUUUUAUACCUAAAUUUAUACUUUUAAUAUUCCCUAUU